AUGCUGCUGGCCCCAAAUUCGUCUUCUUCAAGCUCAUCAACUUCGUCUACAAGACUGGGUUCUUCAUGUGGAGCAUGCAAGUUUCUGAGGAGAAAAUGCACAAGUGAAUGUGUGUUUGCUCCUUACUUCUGCUAUGACCAAGCUGCAACCCAUUUUGCAGCUGUGCACAAAGUGUUUGGUGCAAGCAAUGUGUCGAAGCUACUGCUACACUUACCAGUACAACAUCGAUGUGAUGCUGCUCUCACCAUGUCUUAUGAAGCAUUAGCUCGUAUGCGUGAUCCGAUAUAUGGAUGCGUUUCACAAAUCUUUGCACUCCAACAGCAGGUUGCAUACUUACAGGAGGAGAUUGAAACUCUUCUACAGAGCCAAAUGGUUAACUUGGCAUAUGGGAACUCUUGUGGAAAUUCUGAAGCAAAUGGUAACUCCAACACUUUGAGUGGGUUUCAAGUCCUUCCACAGCAAUAUGACAUCGCUGUUGAUAGACAGAAGUUUCAGAGCCAACCAGAAACACCAGUUCUACUUCCGCAAGCAGGAGUGGGGAGUACCAACCAAGGCUUUAGUAGUCAUGAGAUGGAUAUUCAGAUGCCUCCCUUACAUGAAUGGGAAGAACUCAAUAUCUUCGCUGAUCACUGCAUGCAAGAUCCUUUAGAAAGAUAUCUUGAAGGUAUUAACCAAGUGAACUUGGGACAUAAUCCAUGGUUGAAUGACCCUUCCUUCUCCUGGAACUGA